CUGACGGUGUGUACUGGGUUUACCCUGAUGAAGAAGAACCAUUUCAAGUGCUGUGUGACAUGAAAACUGAUGUUGGAGGAUGGACCACCUUUCAAAGGCGCAUGGAUGGCUCUGUAGACUUUUAUGUCGACUGGGAUUCAUACAAAAAGGCUUCGGAAAUCUGGAGGGCGAGUUUCGGCUAGGGAACGAUUAUCUUCACCGUCUGACUGCAUCUGCCAACAUGAUGGUUCGCACUGAUAUGGAGGAUUAUGAAGGCGACCAACGAUUUGCUGAGUACACGACUUUCUCUGCGACCGACGACGGUGAUAAUUAUCGAGUGACGAUCGACGUAUACCGAGGCACUGCAAGGGAAUCAUUGCAAUUUCACUCUCAGCCCAUCAGAAAUAUGAGGUUUACAACCAGGGACAAGGACAACGACGUCUAUGAGGAUGCAAAUUGUGCAGUGCUAUAUAAAGGUGGCUGGUGGUAUAGUGACUGUCGUGCCGCUAAUCCAAAUGGUUUGUAUCAGGGUGGAGGUUACGCUUAAGGAGUCACAUGUGCACCAUUUCGAGGA